AUGAUUUAUCAUCGACGCUAUUCGGCGGAGUAUCAGAAUUUAUCAGAUAAAUAUUUGAUUGGAAAAAAAGACAUCGAAGCGGAAUGUUUUCAUCGGCAAUAUUAUCAUAUAUAUCGGGCAAGAGUUAAACUGUUGCAGAAACGAAUUAUUGAUAAUGCAAAGCUAUUACUUGGUGACGAUGUUGAACCACGUCGACUUACAGAGGUUAGAAAAGAUGAUAUGGUUUUAGUCAUUGGUGUGGUAGCAAAACGUGUUAAAUUGAGGCCAAGUAUCCUUCGUGAUCUUGCUGAGGAACUGCUUAUUCUUCCACAGCCAGUUGCCGAAGACAAAUUAGUAGGUGAAGAAGAUUUCGUGGAAUUCGAAGACGACGACCAAAUUGUCCGCCUUUCUGGUGAUUUUGUUAUGGACGAAUUUGCUACAGGAUGUGUGGUUGGCAUAUAUGGCACGCAACUUGAUAAUGAUAUUUUUCAAGUUAGUCGGGCGAUUUGGCCUUCUAAAGCACCACAGCCGACAUAUCCAGUUCUAAAUGAUGACAGAUAUGUUGUGUUCGUCUCAGGAUUUUCCUUCACCGGCCAAGCUGAUAAAGAUGCUGAAAAGAUAUUUUCUCUUGAUUUGUUGCAGAAGUGGCUUUGUGGCUCUCUACCGCUGUUCGGAAAGGAACGUGAUAUCGUAGAAAGGGUAGUGCGAUUAAUAGUAGCCGGUGAAAGUGUUGCUAUUACGGAACAGGGAAGAGAAUUUACAACUGCUGCUCGUUAUCUAAUUAAAAAUGAGGAGUGCCCAAACGUUGAAUGUGUAGCACAUAUGGAUAAAUUUUUAUCAAAGAUAUCUAGUUUGCUGGAAGUUGAUGUCAUGCCUGGUCUAGGUGAUCCAUCUACUUAUUUAAUGCCUCAGCAACCGAUUCAUCGUGCAGUAUUUCAAAUGGGUUCAAAACACGGUAAGAUGCUCAAUCUCGUAACCAACCCUUAUCAGUUCAGCUUGGAAGGCGUUCAUAUUAUGGGAACAUCGGGCGAAUGCUUGUCUGAUUUGAAACGUUUCACGAAAAAAUUAAACGGUAUUGAAUUACUCAGCCAAAUUCUUCACUGGCAACACUUGGGACCGACUAUUCCGGAUACGGUAGAUGGAUUUCCAUUCGUGGAUCGAGACCCAUUUAUUAUUGAAUCGUUCCCCCAUAUACUUUUUGCAGCCAAUCAGCCGGAAGCAUCGCAUAUUAUUGUUGAAUAUGAGGGGAAUCGACGCACACUCCUUCUUUCCGUACCGAGUUUUACGAAAACAUUCUCAAUGGUACUCGUAAACUUACGAAACCUUGAAGUCAUUGAACAUAACUUUUCUGUUGAUCGGCUAAUUUGUUAA